AGACAGACAUCCGUUGAAACUUUAGGCCGGAAUGAUGUCGAAUGCCAAGUUUCUUUUAAUUCUCCUGACGCUCCUGGACCUCACUACUGCAGAUGCACCAGAUUCCUCUGUGAGCAUCCGUCAAUCUCCCCCAAAGGCAGUUAUAUCAAAGGGUUCAGACAUCAUUCUCUACUGCAUUUUGCCCCUUUCCCAUGAUAAUUCAGAGUUCGAGGUACGUUGGUGGAAACGGGGUGAGAAUAAAUUUCUGCAACCAGGAGUAGAUAAAAGGAAACAUAUUGGUGUCAUAUCUAAAGGAUCUGCUAACCUGGAUCUGCGAAACGCAAUGCUCCAGGACUCAGGAAUCUACCACUGUACAGUAAUCCGUCAGGGAGCAUUUUAUGGAAAUGGAACAGGAACUAAUCUAACUGUCUGCAUUUCUCCAGCUCCAAUAAAGAUUUACACAAAGCCACGCAAGGACAAUUCAUCGAAGUCUCUGACUCUUGUGUGUCAGACGAGUGCGUUCCAUCCGGGCGAUUUUACUCUCGUUUGGUAUAAAAAUGGCACCGCAAUCUCACCGGCGAUAAUUAAAAAACAGAACGCUGAAGGACUGUAUCAAGCUUUCAGUUCUUUGGAAGAGGCGCAACCUGAGCGGACCGAAGUUGUCUACAUCUGUUUGGUAAUACACAUCUCCCUUCGGACUCCCGCCAUUGCUAUCCACACUGUGACAAAUACCUACUCAGGUAUGAGGCCAACAGACCUAAAAGUCAGCUCAACAAUUUGUAAAAUUUAG